CAACAUCAACACCAACACCGGUUUUUCCAGUGAUUAGACAAUGGCGUCGAGAAAACCAGCCACAGUUGUGGCUUUAGCCAGCAUCCUUGCGACUGGUCUUGCGUCCGCCGACGUCCCGAUUGGUGUGCAACACGACGCCACCUACUCGAUUCCGGAGUCUCACGGUUUGUCUUGCUCUGGUGUCGGAGCCGAGCCUGUGGGAACCGCCUGCCCCCAUGCUGGUGACGUCGCCGUUGCCGACUGCCAGCCGUAUCUACUGUCCUACAAUGGUGCUGUGUGCGUUGCUCCCGUAGAUGCUGAGUGCGUCCUCGUCCACGAUGAUGUGUGGGGCUGUGCAUUCCCGGAGACGGGCUACAAUUCUGCUGCUGAAGCGGAGACCAUCACGGCAUACGAUGGCUCAGGAUCAGGCUGGUACAAGAACGGCGUUCAAGUUGGAGAUGAAGGGGCGGGUGUCCACUACGACACGAACCUCAAUACACCACUCGGUAUCAACUGUGACGUUGCAACGAAAACAACGACUCAGCAAACGGGUGGCAAGACUGAGAGUGGCGGCUACUACGGAUCGACGGGCACCACCCACUACCACUCACUACGACACGACAACGGGGACUACGACUGGAGACUACACCACUGGGCGGUGAGACUGCCGGACAUCUACACCACGGGUGGUGGCUACGGCACGACCACGGACGGCGGCGAGACUACCGAACACUACACUACUAAUGGUGGCUACGGCACGACCACGGAGGGCGGUGAGACUGCCGGACACUACACCACGGGUGGUGGCUACGGCACGACCACGGAGGGCGGCGAGACUACCGAACACUACACUACUGAUGGUGGCUACGGCACGACCACUGAGGGCGGUGAGACUGCCGGACACUACACCACGGGUGGUGGCUACGGCACGACCACGGACGGCGGCGAGACUACCGAACACUACACUACUGAUGGUGGCUACGGCACGACCACUGAGGGCGGUGAGACUACUGGACACUACACCACGGGUGGUGGCUACGGGACCAGCACGGAGGGUGGUGAGACUACUGGACACUACACGACUGAGACAACGGCUGAUUACCAGACUGGGGAUUAUGACACUGCUGGUGAGGAAGAGGGUACCCCCGGCACACUGGAGCCUGGAGCUGAUGAACCUUGUGAAGAGACUGAAGCACCCGCUGAACAGACCGCUUAUGGAUCGAGCACGGAUGGCCCACUGAGGAGACGACAGAGCAUGAAAUCGACGAGGUCACGACUGAGGCCGACAACGAAUGAGUUUACAGUUGAAGCGGACACGGGACCUUCCACUGAUUGUGCUCACGGUGAAGUGGCCACAGAACCUUCCACUGACGGAUCUCUCGGUGAAGUAACCACAGAGCCUGCCACUGAUGGACCUACCGGUGAAGUGACCACGGGGCCUGCGACGGAAGGACCUACCAAUGGACCGACGAAUGCUCCUACUGAUGCACCUACCGGUGAAGUGACCACGGGCCCUGCGACGGAUGGACCUACCAAUGGACCGACGGAUGCUCCGACUGAUGCGCCGACCGACGUGCCAACGAGCUCGCCGUGUUCUAGACAAGCCACAAACGCUAUUUCCGUGGAGCUGCAAGUGCGCUACAUCAACCUCGAUAUCAUUUCCGCGACGGCAGGUAUCGGAGAUUCGCAGACGUGGCUAUCGUGCUGCGAGGCGUGCUGGGUUGACAAUGCGUGUGCAGUGUUCAGCUUUGAGCAAGUGCUUGUGGCUAACCUGUGCGUAUUGUCGCGUUCGGCGUCAGGCCGCACGAUAGGACUGCCCAAUUGGCAGUCGGGAAACAUCAUUGACAUUCGUGCUGGAGUAUUGUAA